AGAUACACUCACUGAGCAGACAUUUUUCGGCUCCAGUGGUAUCUUGUUGGCUGUGGUGGAGUUUGCGUCGAGUGUUGUUGUGUUGGGUGCACCGUUUGUGAUAAAAAUUUGUUCCACCUGUGCCUGGACCGGCCGAUAUUUGCCCUGUCCCGAAAGUCGGGGCCUCUUGAGCGCUCCCCCAAGACGUCCUGUGACUGGUGUUUUUCCUUCGCCCACGGACGUUAGUUGGAGACGUGUGGUGUCUUGUGUUGUAUCGUCGUCACUGCGGGAGUAGUGGUGUUUUCGCUACUUCGUCGCUGGUGCCGUGUUGGUAUUCUGCCGGUAUCGACUUCUCGGUACAGCGCUUCACGGUACACCGCCUCGCAGAGUGAUUCGACGUGCAUCGCCGAUCGAAUUAUGAUACGAUCGCCAGUUUCAAUCGAGUGAUCCGGAAACGUGGCAUGGAUGCCAGGCAACGAUGGACAAGUUUGCAGUGGAUCUAGACAAGGUGCUCGACGAGCUCGAGCAACGGGAAGGCUUGUUGUCGGAGAGGCUUCCGGAGACGCAGCUUCAUGCCUUUGAAGUGCCUAGACCAGCAGCAGCCCAGCCCAUACCCAGGUGUCGCGGAGAUGUGCCGCAACAAAAUGGGGACCACGGUGCCGUGCCUACUCCAGUGCUGCCUUCUGUCAACGCCCAAGGGAUAACAGACUCCAAAAAGCCAAGCAGCAAUGACGCAACUAGCGGAAAGGCAUGCUUCUGGGACGACGGUCCAGUGACGUUGCUCAGUGCACCCUCAGCAUUGCCGUACUCCGAGAAAGGUGUCAAUGACGCUCCUCUGCACGUGCCCACAAGUGCUCCGCCAUCCACCCCUUCGACUGCGACAGCCAGUCAUUUACAAGAUUGUGCUGACUCUACCGGUGCUUGCAGUGUUGGUCAGAAUGCAUCUGUCCCCGUGCAAGCCGGCGUUCCCGAUCGAACUGGCUGUGUGAGAGACUCGGUCAAGCCACCCGGCUACUCGUCAGCAGAGCUGCCGCCUUUAUUGGCUCCAAGCGACAACAGUGUUUCGAGUGCUCUCGGUGGACCUGUUGUUUCCUCGGCCGAUGGUUGUAGAAACAGUGACGACGGUGUUACGUACAACGGGCAAGUGAGUGGUUGUGACAACGAAGCGAGGUUGGCAACAAACGCUGCAGCUGGACAGUCAUUCGUGGAACCAAGAACAUUGCCUGUUGCAUCCGAAGCAGUUGCUAACAGGGUUUCCGAUGAUGGUGCUUUCACUGAAGUGCUUCCAAAGAAUUCGAUUCCCCGAGACAGCUUUCAGUACCCCGAUUUGCUUUCAUCGAGUCCCAUUAGAGAUUCUGCGGCGCACACCGGUGCUGAACCACUACAGACGCUCAUUAGCUUAUCUCCCGACGAUGCAAAGGCCCCUGCUGCAAAUGGCACGGGGUUGCUCCAACAUGAUGGCUCAACAAGGAACAGUGAAACAAACUACGCUUCUUCAUUGCUUGAUAGUGAACAGUGUCAUCCUGACACGGACCCUAACAAAGCCUCUAGUAGUUGCAGAAAAGAAAAUGCAGACUUGGGAUCUAGCAAACUGCCAGAUUUACAGACGGUUUCCCUUUCCCUGGAAAGACCUAAAUCUUUAUUAGCUGCAUCUGGAGAUAUUGCUACCAAGCAGGAAACAGUUGACAGUAGUGUAUGUCCCGCACAGCACACUUCGCAGCAAACUGCUCCAGGAGCUCAGGAUCGUACAGCUCCUGCAGUAGUGUCAGAAGGCCCCAAUAGUGAUUUGUGCGUGCAGGACAUCCACAAAAGUGUCAAUGCUAGUUCUCUGCAACCUUCAAAAGGAAACGAAGUGUCGAGCUGCGAUGCAGAGUUGCCCGUCCCGUCUACCAACACUGCUCAGGAGCAACAAGUCAGCACGCAACCUCUCCCCGCACAAGACUCAAAUAAAGACGCAGACGCAUCGUCAACGUCUCCAUCCGAAACUUCGUCCGCAUUACCUGCAACACCGCCUGCUUCCCCACCGAAAGUACGGACUCCCGAUCCCGGCAUGCUCUCCUACUCCCCGCCGCGGUCGUCGUCCGCUCCCCCCGGUGCGUUGCCCGCGUCUCCGGUCAGAGCGUCGUCUGCCUCGUCAUCGCCAGUGUCGUCCGCUUCGACUGGCCCAUCCACGGACGUACCCGACGAUGCCUCGCAACCCGAGGGUGCCCCUGCAUAUUCAUUUGGGGACGAGGCGACCGUGAUAACGGAGGCCCGCUGUCUCGACGAAGAGCCCGUGGUUGGGUUCGACACUGCACCCGAGGUCACCGACGAAGAGCUCGACCGACUGCUGCAGGAGGAAGAAGGGGAAGAAGGCGAGCGUAGCUUCUUGCCGCCGCUGAGCGAGGAGGAGCAGAUGCUGGGCAAAGUGAAGCCCUUCUGGAUCCCCGACGAGGAGGCACCCUCGUGCAUGCUGUGCUUUGGGCGCUUCACUGUGCUCAAGCGACGGCACCACUGCCGAGCCUGCGGAAAGGUGCUGUGUUCCUCGUGUUGCAACCAGAAGGCGCCACUUCCCUGCCUGGAGAACCGGGAAGGCCGUGUUUGCCUUCCCUGCCUCACCAUUCUACAGAGGGUGGCUGCUGUCGAGCGGCUCGGUGGUCCAAGCCCAGCCAAUCCAGCGGCCUACUGCUCACGGGGCCCGCCCCCGCUGCACGGAGCAGCGCAGUCGCCGCCCCUCACGGUCCUGGUUCCCGUGCUACGACGCGGACCGCGACCGGAUGGAGAGGCCCCCAAGCAGGUGAUGUUCUCAGAUGGAAUACGGCCCGGCGGCGAUUUGUCAGACGAAGUGAUGCCUUCAGCGAUGCCUGGCCCGCCUCGGGAGCUGGGCUGCCGGGAUGGGCCCGCGGAGAGCCUGCUCCAAGAGUGUCGGGUGGUGCUCUCAGACAUUGAAGGCUCCCUACCACCGGUGGCACUCAGUGUGUCACAGCGAGAUCUGAAGCUUGAGAAUGAGAAUGACCUCAUGAUUGUACUCCAGGAUCCAAAUGUGGAGCCUGUGGCGUUUGCACUCACCAGGAACUUGCACGUGUUGGUUAAGAUUGUCACAGUGGAGUGUGGCAGGAAGCGGCAGUGCUGGAACUUCUGCAGCCGUGGCCUGUGCGCCCUGGGCCUGGACGAGGUGGUGUUCCUGCUGGAGCGGGAGCCGGGAGAGUCGCAGCUUCCGCGGGACGCCCUGCGGCUGUUCGCGACCCUGCAGGGCAUCGGCGCCACGGGGGGCCACCGGCCGGUGGGAGUGGUGCCCCCCGGAGUGACGACAACGACGACGGCCGUGGGGGCAUUCCAGUGCCUGCCCUUUCCCGAAGGGGUGCUCGGCAGCAGCGACCACGGCGGAUUCCUCCUGCUGCCCCACAUGGGACAGUGCUUGGAUGGACUUGUCCUUCCCCGACCUCCGUGGCUGUGUGCCGUCCUGCUCCAGCGGAUGGAACUGCCCUGGGCACGACUGCUGCCACUUCGGCUUCUGCUGAGGCUCGGAGCUGAAUUUGAAGCAUACCCAUACCCAAUGGUCAGCAUCCGUGGACGUCGCUCUGUCUAUUCCGAAGUUGGCCACACCAUUAUGACGGUUCUUUUGGAUUUCCGCAACUUCCAGUACCAGCUGGCCAACCUGUCGGGACUUCUGGUGCAUCUGGAGGGGCGGCAGACGACGGUCCGGGUGCCACGAAAUCGAUACGACGCCCUGGUGCGCAUCCUGGACGGCAACGAGCAUGUGCUCGCCCUGGCAGGAAACAUGAGCCCCGAGGCAGACGCUCACCUCGUCUGCGUACAGGCGCCCGAAGGGGGAACCUACCACUCCCAGGCAAUUCAGGCACGUCCCGGAAGCGCCGUGGAAUGCACGGGAGCAUCGUUCGUGGUCUUCAGCGGAGCGCUCAAGGGUCCGGGAGAAGCCAAGCACAGCGUCGUUGAAGAUGGCGUGCUGGUCCAGCUUUCGCCAGCCAGCAUGGGGAGCCUGCGGACGGCACUGCGCGCCAUGCGUGACUGGCACGUUCCGGCAGUUCCCGCGUCGCCUGGCGAAGAUGCUGGCCACAUCGCUGUCGUCUGGACGGAGGAUGACCGGCCAAAAAAUACAGGGGUGCGAAGUCCAAUAGACGGCCGCAGUCUGGAGGGCGUUACUGGUGUGCGCCUGCGUGCCUUCUCGGACUUCUGCGCUCGGGGCUUGUGUCUUCGGUGGACCGAGUUCUUCCUCCUCUCCUGCGACGGAGGACCGACGUGGGGCGGGUGUGAGGACCCCCAGCGGGCUGCCGAAGGUCUGGCUCGAGCGUUCUGCGAAGCGCUGCUGCCACACCUGACCCUGCUGCAGCCCCUGUCUCCGCUCGGCCUUCGUGCACAGCUGGGCCCCGACCAAGUCGGCUACGAAGCCGGUGCACAGAGUCAGCCACUACCAGUUGUCUGUCAGGAGCCAUUGGACUGCGCUUUGGUGCCCUUGCUUACUGGCCCACAGGAGCCCAUGCACCUCGAGAUGCUUUUCCACGUCAUCUACCAGUGAAAAGACCCGAAGCAUUGGCAGCGGCUCAACCUUACGAGGAAUGUGCGCGGGCUGAUGACUAUCCAGCUCCACCAGCGAGCCCGUGUGUGGGGCACUACACCUAGACGGCCGCUGAACGAUUUACUGACUAUCCAGGCAGUUUUGUGCAGUGCUAGUUUAAACGGCAACCCACGAUGGCGAGCGUGCGUGGCUUCCAGUCGGGCACCUGCACCACGUUUUGCUGUCAUCGAGCCUUUGGUAUUUCGUGAGAAGUCGACUGCGCAGUGCAAAGCUCUUCGAGAAGGGCUGCGAAACAGCCUCACACUUGCUGCUUGAGUGCGAUUGAAACAGCUACGUUUACGCCACUUUUCACGGCUCGCUAUUGCGCGAGAAGUUUUGCAUGCCGGUUUUCAUAAGCCUGGUUGUUCCUAUGAACUGUCGCGAGGCUUGGAGAGCUUGUUGCCUAUGCCACUUUCUCCUUUUGCCAAGCGUGCGGUUUGCUGAUUUUAUCCUGUGCAGUGCUUGCUAAGGAGCUCUUAUAUCCAGAAAAAAAGAGAGAGAGAGAGGAUCCGCUGCUGAAUAAUUAAUGCGAUAUUCCUCUUAAUUAACUCUCCGUUUUUCGUGGCACAUGAUGGGCGUGCUGUCGCCUGAGCUUUCCUGGCCGAGACACGGUGACACAAGCGUUCUCCUUUCUCCUCUGUGGGAUUAGCGAAGACGAACACCAUUUGUAUCGGAGGCCUCCAUCAAUUAACCAGACCUUGACCACUACAUUCAAGCUUGCAAUGCUUUAAAAACCACAAGCAAGUGCCGUGGUAGAUUGCUCACUAGCAGACAGUCUGUUAGGCCAUUUGCGGCCCUGACUGGUCUACAGAUGCAGUUCGGCCACAUGUACGUGUGUGUAUGCUGAGUCUACUAGUUCUACUCAUUCGAAGUUUUGCACAUUUUUACGUGCUGAUUGAGAUGUGUGCAGUUUUUUAUGCUGUACUAUAUUUGCUAUGGUAACUGCUUCACAUGUAAGGAGCGUAACAGAAGCGAAGGAUCGGUGUCUCGUGUGACGUGUGUAAAGUUGCUUCGUCACAUACGUAGUCCAGAAAGUUGGUUACGAGUAGCAACUGCCACAAAAACUAGGUGCUGUGCAUCUGUUUGCAGUGUAUGAACAUGUUGAUUACAGUAUACAGCUGUGACAGCGUGCAGUUGUGUCCCCUUAUGAAACCUUUCUCAGCUGUCAUUGCUCAGUGAUUUGCGGGAGACGAGAUCGGACAUGCAUGAAAACCAGCACGGCAACGUGGCGGUCACCACUGUGCCACUGUCGGCACAGCGAUCGAGCUUUGCUAACUUGGGUGGUUGUGUUUUAAAAGGGGUGCAUAUCGUUCCGUACAGAGUUGUUGGCCAUAAUUUUGGUUUGCGUUUGGUUUUGAGCACGUAGCAGUUUUCUUUGUGCAGUUUAUACUGUUUAUAUGUUAACUGCCUGGAGUAAAGAUCUAGGUAGCAGUUUUACUCAUUACUAGCUUCUCUCCUACGAACCUCAAAGCACACACCACUCAAUGUUAUCAUGUGAUGCAGAGCAUCACUGGGGCCUGCUGAAAGACCUUUUAGACAAGUUAGCCAGUGUUGCUGCAGCACAGAGUGGGGGGAUUGCCGAACAUCUCGUUUGGACGUUGCAACUGUGUGAUAAUCCUGGUCGCUUGGACAGUGUGUUUUGUACAUGUACAGGCAUUGCGCACACAUGCUUUUGCUGCAGUGCAGUUCAGCAAUUCUGGGGACUUGCGUUAUAUACGGCUUGCACUGUACAAGGCACGAUGUUCGCCCUGUGUGUUAUGCAGCAUCGUGGUUUAUGCUUGAUCCUUCAAGGUAGGCAGGAAAAAUAGGAAGGGACGUCGAACCUGCUGGCCUUUAUGAACUGCAUCGAAUUGGUGCGUUGCCUCGUUAAAAGCAGCUGCUUCAUUUUCUGUGUGCUUUUACAACACUUAACGAAAGCUCUUCUGCAACAAGUAACUCUCUCUCCACAUUCGUGGUCUCGAUGCCAGCGUCAUUUUAUAUUGCAUGGGUACUUGCACGUGAAGCAGAUGGUCGGCAUUAACAGCAGUGCAUUGCCUUUAACCUUCCAUUGGUGGUGUGCAGUGUCCCUCACACAGUGUUUACAGAGAGCAGACAGACUGAAAUUUGUGUAAACACCACUGGGGCAGCUGUGGUGUAGGUGUGCUUACGGCAGUUCGUACAGGGAAGCAAUCUACAAGCAUCCUGUGUUUAUUCUAAAGAAACGCUAACUGGGAACACUAAAUCGGUUUAAACUGACUAGCGUUUUUUCAUUACUGUAUUUUCUUUUACUUAAAGUCAAGAAGCCGAUUGCAAAAAGAUCAAAAGUGAAGGCCUAACUUUCCAUUUCUUGAGAUUUGCGCUAAAGCCUCAACACCAGUACUUGAGUGCAGUGUCAAGGAUUUCGAAGUGUCUUCCCGCAUUCGAGUCGUUAUACCAGAGUAAAUGUUCACAGUAAAGUUUCAUCUUGUGCUCAUUAAGAAGAAGACGUGAGUCAGUCUUCACCAGUGAAGAAUGAACUUUGCUGGAGCAGGUACAUCAAAAUCUGUAAAGUCAUAACGAGCCGGUGCAGGAACUUGAUUGUGACAGUGCCACCCAUGUUUUCUUUUACUGUCAUCUCUGGCUUAAUUCAUGUUCUUGCAGUAAUAUUGGCAUAUUUGUUGCCUAUAUAGCAUAUAUUGGCAUAUGUUGGCAUAUAUUGGCAUAUAUAGCAUACAUUGGCAUUUAUUGGCAUAUAUUGGCAUGUAUAGCAUAUAUAGCAUAUAUUGGCAUAUUGUUGCCUCUGUAGCAAUCUGCAUGAUAAUGGCUAAGUUUUUAAUUGUGGGAGCAAUCGCUAGUCUGUGCCAGAGCGGAAGUUGGAACAUUUUGUUCCCGAGCUAAAAUGCAUUAAAAAGCAUUUCAGCCUGCACAAGUUCACAUAAGCUAGCUCUGCGAGUCAAAAGCCUAAUCUUUACCCUUACAUAUAAAAUGGGUGAAUCUCGUACUGUCUUCAAUCAGUAUAAGUCGGUUUACAUUUACAAAUGCUCACUGCUUCGUUGCAGGAACCUUGCCAGUUGCUUGCUGUAACUCGCACAUGCGCAACGAGGCAUUUUGCACUACACUCCAAGCUUAGUGAAUGACAAAGUUUAGUUGGUAGGGAUUCGUAGUGGGAAAAGUCAGACAUGCAGGCAUUCCUAAGCACGCAUGGAGAUUUUUGCGCCCAAUGUCUGUUACGCUACAGCGCUACUUUUCUGUUAGCAGUCGCCGUUGGUGUUGUCUGUUUCCUUUCUCUCGUCUCUAUGUCUGCACGCCAAACUUUAUACGAUCGAGCUCGGUGGUUGUGUGGGCAGCAGAAAAUCGUGCCAGCAAAGUUCUUAUCUUGCAUUCGAUAGAGCUUAGCCUCACUACUGCGCACCGGUGAUAAAGCAAGUGAUGCGGACGUUAUGAUACCACAUUGUGAAAACUGCAGCUAUUGCAUCAGUGGCUUGGAAUGACGUGAAAAGGUUUGAAAAAGACAGCACAGAAUGGAAAUCAUUAAGGUGACGCACUGAUUUGUUGAUUUCUGUUCUGUGUUGUCAUUUUAGCACCUUUUUACGUCAUGGAUCAAAACCAACGUGCCCACUUUUCCAUUGUGCUGAAUUGUGACGGUUGCCACUGAUGCAACUGUGUUAACAAUGUAAGUUUUGACUUUGCGCUGCUUACAUUUCUAACCUGCUACCAUUCUUGCUACUUGAGACCCACCUACUACAUUAUUAUUUAAACUAAGCUUUACAUGUGGUCUAAAAAUUGUUUGCAUUUGACCGCUAAUGAAAGCUUCGAAAAAAAAAUCCUAAAAAUGAUCAGAUUGCAGCUGUAAUUUACUAUAAGUCAUGUUUUUUGCGAAUUAACGCACCCAAGGGGUCGUAACACGUCGUGACAUCUCAGUAUCCGGGCUCUUUUCAUGCACUUGUUCACCUUAUCACAGGCAACUUCGCCACACCUAGCCAUGCUGCACGACGUCACCAGACCUCGCUCUUUGUCACGAUGUUGGGAUAAAGUCGAGGAUGCCAGGUCUGGUACUUGAAGACUAAGUUUAGUUUGAAAUCCCGUACAGGUGUUUCCCACCCAUCAGACGUGCUAAGUGUUGUUGUUUCACUUGUGAAGAGCUUGUGGCCGAAUUUUUAUGACUUUGAAAAUAUCUCGGCAUCCCUUUAACAUAACACGGCAUUGAUUAAAUGUUGAAGGAAUGGCCUUUACGGUUGUGUGAACUGCCGAUAAAUUUUUCCUUCAGCCUAACUAUGGUCGCCCUUUGCGUCGUUCAGCUAAUGUCGUAUUGUGUGUGUGUGUGUGUAUGUCUGAAUAAGCUUGCAAAGCUGUUCCACACACAUGAAUAGUUAUUGGGAAGCCAUUGGAACAACCUUGAUAUGAAGGUUGCUGUACAAAUUUAAUUUACUCUAGACACGUUUAACUGUCAUGAGAAUGAGUAUGAGCUGCUUGAGUGCAGUAUCUAUGUCAUUUGCAUGCUGUGUAACUUAACGCUAACUUUUAUGCAGUGUUGAACGGAGCCCAGCCAAUUUGCGCAUAUUCUACUUGGAGCUUAUGUAUACACUAUUUUCAGCACUUUAAAACAAAACGGGCGUAUGAGAGGUGUGUGCAAUAUUGCUCGCGUGUGUUGUUGCUGUGAUGGACAUAAUAACAUUGUACAACACGCGUCGUAACUGUUUAUAAUUUCUUUUGUGAGGGUAUGUCUUCUCUUUUUAUAAAAAAGAAAAUUAGUGACUAGCCAAAUUUACUUAUUAAGCGGCAUGUAGAUACGAAUGCAUGCUCAACAAAGUGUGAAAGAUUGUGGUAUGUCCAUGCAUUUGUGUGUCUGUUUUAGGAUUAUUAAUAAAAAUUUAGGUGAUGCAAAAGAAUCGCUGUCCAUGCUUUUGUUUGAAUUGGCGGCUAAUUAGCAUUACGGUCGCCAAUAUUUUUAUCUCCUGAAUCGUGCGCCUUGGUUAUUUUGUGGGGCAGUGUAUAUCGUUGGUGCCUCAUUGAGGAUGCCUCGUUAAGCGUUUUGUGUAAGUCAUUCACAAUGUCUGUGUGACCGCGUGUUGCUGUUUGACCGGCUACCUUUUUAAAAGGCACGGGCAUUUAGCAUUGGCCUGUGGACUCGGCUACAUUUGCCGGCACGUCGCUUGCACGAGUUUGUGUCGACGCAGACAUUGAUGGCUGUGCCAUGAUUGCCUCUUUUGUGGGAUGCGUCUGCGACAUGUUCAGUGCAAUUCUAGAUGGUGCCACGUGGUUUCAGAACCGCAAUAAAUGAGUUGCUUUUACUGUUA